GAGCAGCGACAGAAAAUAACAGUUCCUCUGUCUUUUUUUAAGUUCUUAAGCCAAACUUCUUUCUCAUGUGUUAAACCAGUGUCAUUAGAAGGUUGUUCUACCGCAUAUUGUGAGUUCAGCUUUCAUAGUUCUGUUCAAAAGAUGGCCACUCCGAGCAAGACCCCACCCGGAGCCGACCCGAAGCAGCUCGAGCGAACCGGGACGGUCCGAGAGAUCGGCUCCCAGGCGGUGUGGUCCCUGUCCUCAUGUAAACCAGGUUUUGGAGUGGAUCAGCUGAGGGAUGACAACCUGGAGACCUACUGGCAGUCAGAUGGAUCCCAGCCUCACCUGGUCAACAUUCAGUUCAGGAGGAGGACGACAGUAAGGAUGUUGUGUAUUUACGCCGAUUAUAAAUCAGACGAGAGUUACACACCGAGUAAGAUCUCCGUUAGAGUGGGCAACAACUUCCACAAUCUUCAAGAGAUUCGGCAGCUGGAGAUGGUAGAGCCCAGCGGCUGGAUUCAUAUCUCGCUUUUAAAUCAGCGAACAAACGAGCCGAUCAGCACCUUCAUGAUCCAGAUUGCCGUGCUCGCCAACCACCAGAACGGCAGAGACACUCACAUGCGCCAGAUCAAGGUGUACACGCCUGUGGAGGAGAGCUCCAUCGGCAAGUUCCCACGAUGCACCACGGUGGACUUCAUGAUGUACCGCACCAUCAGGUGAUUCGAGGGGGCUGAUCCGGAAGGUUUGGGAAUCACAGAUGAGAGGAAAGAUGACGGAGCUGCUUUUUUAAAAGACUGUGAGACGAUUCUGAUUGAUCGAUUGGUUUAAUCGAUCAGCUUCACACUGGGUAUCAUUCAGUUGGGAGAUUUCAAGUUGCCAAUAUUUAAAGUUACUUUAAUAAGGGACUCAAACUGGGUUAUGAAUAAAACCCUUGUGCCAACAAUUCCUCUGCAUUUGUUUUAUAACUGUGAAAUAAAUAUUUUCAAAACAAAA